GGAGUUGUUGUGAGGCAGGCUGUACAAUGACUGUCGCGCUCCUUUCUCCAAGUGACGACGCAUCCAUGCAAAUCGCAGAGAUGAACUUUGGCUUAAACAUGCUCCGACAAUCUCCUGCGUCUGAGCAAAUGGUAGUUUCUCCACUUUCGGUCAUUUUCGCUCUUGCUAUGGUCCAGCUAGGAGCAAAAGGACGAACAAAGACGCAGAUCAAUCAGCUAAUCUCGAACGGAGCCGGCGAUGGUGCUAUCGUAAACUUCUACUCGGAUCUUUCAAAAAAUAUCACCAACCAUUCGAAUGGGGCGCAAGCUAAAAUCGCAAAUGGAUUCUUUUUGGACAAGAAGUUUUCUAUCAAAGAUGAUUAUUCGAGCGCGUUGGUAAAAAGAUACGCGGCAAAAAUCGAAGCUCUCGAUUUUGGACAGGCGAAGAUAACAGCUAAGAUUAUUGAUGACUUUGUCAAUGCAACAACGGAAGGAAAGAUCAAAGAUUUCAUAAAAGAGGAUGUAGUGGAUGGUGCAAUCUCGCUUAUUGUAAACGCUGUUUACUUCAAAGCCGACUGGUGGAACAAGUUUAGUCACCAUUUUACAGCAAAAGAUGUCUUUUAUCAUUCUAAGACCAACAAAAGAGAGACGGAGUUCAUGAAUGAAUAUAGUGAAUAUCGUUUAUAUGCCGAAAACGAUGACGUUAUGGUGUUGUCGUUACCUUACAAAGACAAGUCUUAUGCCUUCACCGUACUUCUGCCAAAAAAGAGAUUUGGGCUAAAAGAUCUCAGAACGCGAUUGAAUGGGCUCAUGAUCCGAAAUUUGCUCUCACAACUCAAACCUGAGUAUUUGACGAUACGCAUUCCAAAAAUGAAAAUAGAGACCAACUACAAAUUGAAAGAAGCGCUCAAGCAUAUGGGAAUCACUGAUCUUUUCACAAACCAGGCCAAUCUAACAGGAAUUUCAGACCUACCUUUGCAUGUAUCCAAAGCAGCGCAUAGAGCUCUAAUUGAGGUUGAUGAAGACGGAACGACUGCAGCUGCUGCUACUUAUUUCGUAUUGCGAUUGACGGCGGCACGACCGAAUAUGAACAAACCCAAAAUGUUCGUAGCAGAUCAUCCUUUCUUAUUCAUCCUCACCAAGGACAACAACCCUUUCUUUAUUGGGCAAUACGCAUAAAAACGCUGCUUUAUUUAAUGGCUGAAUAAAACUAACGAUAAGAUCAUGCAAAAUCCUUGG